AUGAACCAAACACCGCAACGAAUGCCGCCGGAGAACAUCUACAGAAAGGAGCAACCCACCCUGUUCCCUCACGGCUACCCUACUCCAGUCUCCUCCAACACCAGCAUCAACCUUCCUCUACCCAACUCGGGGUCGCCGCUACCCAUUCCUUACACCCCAGCUCCAGUCAAGUUCGAGUACUCGUUCCAGCAGUCGCCCUCCUUCCCCAAGUAUGCAAAAUACCAAAUCAACCCGUCCUUUGACUUCUCAAAGACAGGCAUGGCCCACCUUGGCGUCAAUUCGCCGGUUCCUAUCACUCCGGUGCUUCCCCCACCUAGCUCCAUGGCUGCUCCUCCCAUCUUCCAGAGCCGGACUCUAACAAGACCUUUGUCCAGCCCCGACAAGACUCCCUGCAAACGUUCCCGUGUAGAGGAACGGCAAGAGGUGUCUGAUUACGACAGAAAAUGGGUCCGAAUGCAGUUUGGUCUGCCCCGAACCGGAGGUUACCAGAAGCCGUUCCGAAAGCGCCAGACUGACGUUCAGAAUGAGUUCCAGGAACGUUUCGGACGAUCCCUGUCUCCUUCAACCAUCUCCAAAAUCCUCUCGGACGACUACUCGUACCUGGACACAAUGUCGCUGAACGAGGUGUCCAAGUCUGUGUACAGAAAGCGAAAGCCGCGGUUCGAAAUGCUAGAAGACGCAGUUUCGUCCUGGUGCGAACUGUACACCCGAAGAGGCUGUCUUAGCGAACGAGUGCUCAAGGAGGCUGCCGAGAGACUCCACGCUCAUCCUCUUAUCGACACCAGCACCGCCGACGAAGAGGCCCCCGUGUUCUCAAACGGCUGGCUUCACAAUAUCAAAACAAGACGAGAUCUGUCUCGGCUUCUGUGGGACAGCACCAUUUCUGAGCAGGAAACCUGUGUCUCCACUCUCAACCACAUUCGAGAGACCAUCACACGACUGGGCCUGACUCCAAAGAGCGUCUAUGCUGUUGGAGAUACUCAGCUGUACCCUUCGGCCACUCCUGGAUCCCGGUUUGGAAACGACUCCACCCCCUGUACUGCUCGAACCGUGCUCAUUUGCACUAAUGCCGAUGGUUCGUCCAGGCAGAAGAUGUACCCAACCAUGGUGGGUCCGGAUAUUGCCGACGCCAACAACCGAAGUGCUACCAGCCUUGUCUACUCGCCUACAGGCACUCCCGAAACACAGAACUUCCUGGACUUUCUGUUUGACUUUGACAAUUCGCUCACGGAGCCCUCGCUGCUGAUUCUGGCUCAGCAUCCCCACUAUGAGAAGGCUACUCAGAUCUUCCGUCACCAGACAAACAACUCCAACCUCCACAUCAUUCUAGUGCCAGCUCGAAUCAAAAAAAAGCUGCUAGCCACCGACCUCGGAAUCGCAGGAGACCUCAAGGUGGCAUACAAGAUCAACCGGUUGUACACGCUCCCUCACAAGCGAAUGAAGACCUCCAAGAUCCUCCGGUCGCUCGACACCGCCUGGGGCAAUGUCAGCGAGGAGACCAUUCUCAAGGCCUGGAGAGAAACUCGCAUCUUCGCCACUCUCAACUUCCCCGAGCUCGCCGAUACUGGUGCAUCUCAGCCCGACCUCAAGCUGAUUCGAGCAAUUGCAGGAGUCCAGGCUUCGCUGAUGAACCAGCAGGUUGCCUUUUCGGAGAGCCAGUACCAGAGUUUUUUCAACCACGACGGAGAAGACGACCCGUUGGCUGUCAAGGAUUGCGUCGAGCAGUACGCCUCCAUUGUUCAGAACCGCUGA